AAUGCUUUCCAACUCCUCUUCAAGUAAAUUUGGGGGCGAAAUAAGAAGCAUAGUGUGUCUUCUGAAACAAGUGUUGAAAGAUAACAGGGCUUCUUUGGCGUUGUUCUUCACGCUUGGACGAAUCGGUUCUAAUCUCUCGCCCGCCUCGUGGUCACCCGGUUUUAACCGCGAAUCUGUGACAGCUGCUUCCGUGUCAGGACAAACUCACGGGGGCUAAUUGCAGCCUGGCACGAGCGUUUUUUUCUUGCAUCCCCAAAACGUUCAGAACGAGGCUCCGCCUCUCCUCCUUCCGUUGUAUAGUGUCUUUUCGUGUACGGUUUCCGCGAAACAGGGAAUCGCGAGACGAAUUGAUGUGCAUAGAUUAAGGUUCACCACCCUCAUGGGACGCAAGCGGGGAGUAUAACUUCCGAAUCCAUUUUGUUGAAAUUGUAGAAACGCACUUUCCCUUAAUGCCUUGGAUGUCCCGUUUGGCCACCGACUGUCUCUUUUUCUGUGAAACGGGAGGCGCAUCAAGAGACGGUGGGGGCAUGAUGUACUGACGGAACAGAAGGAACGUCUCGGCUCAAUGGGUAGCGCUCGUAACCAGGUUUCUUCGUCCCGCAUGGGACGACAGACUUUCGAGUCUUUUUGCGUGUUUCCACAAAGAGAGUCGCGGUCGACCAAGGCGAUGCGACAUCGAUUUGCUUUUGAGUGGAGGAAAGCAAGUUUCUCAUUUGUCGGCGUUUCUGCUGUCUUUCUACUCUGUCUCGACUGGCACAGAUCUCCCCUUCUGCCAGCAGAAUGUACUAUGUCCUUUCGGCGCGUCCCUGUGGGAAAUCUGCUGAUGGAACCGAUAAAGUCUGACUCUCUCGAUGCGUUGAAGCACAGCGAAAUGGGCAUAAAGCGGGGAGGGACGGAGGGUGUACGCGGUAGACAGAAAAUGGGCGUGGUCGAGAAGUUCUCCAGAAGCCUCAACGAUGCAGCCUACUAUUCGUCUUUUCUGGAGCUGAGCGCAAAGCAGACAACGAAGAAAGAUGAGGACGAGGAUGGUUCAGAGGACUCUGAAGAUGACGAGGCAGAACGAGCGAGUUCAGCGAAAGAAGGUGAGCGCUCGGAAAAGGCAGAUGAAGAUUCGGCAGAAGGUGGAAAUGGUUCGAGCAAAGAAGAAUCAAAAGCAGAUGGGGGGUCAGAUGAUGGAGGCGGGCAUCACUUGUCUGGUGGACAUGAGGCAAACACCAGCGAUAAGCACGAUACAGAGGAACACGCCAGCGAAAAACACGAACCAGCAGGCAAACCGAGGGAAGAGGAAGAUUCAGAUGGUUCUGAGAAGCGAAGUAAGACCCAUCAUGGGGGAAAACGCCACUCACUUGACGCUCCCGAAAACAUGGACCCCGACAGCGAGGAGCCUAGCGGUAAAUACAAGGUGCAGUUCAAUUUUGAGCCAGGGCUCCUGAUACCGAGUGACAUGAAGGCGAAAGUGAAGCAACGGAAGGUUGCACAGGAUGGCGUAGAAUGGUUCCAAGUGGGAAGUGCCGAGCCUCCAAAACUGCUCAGCGUGGAAGGUGCCAAAGGGGAGGACAAAUUUUUACAUCAAAUACACGUGGAGAAUCGAAGCUAAACGUCAAAAGAUCACAAUUAUGGGCCAGACCGUCCAAUGAAGCCUGUGUUCCUUACGGAGCGGCCCAGUACAAGGGUAUUUCACAGAUCUAGAAUCACAGUGACGAAUUUGGACCGUUAUUUGCGGGCUUUCCUCAUUCUUGCGAGAAGGUGAAUCAUAGUUUCACACACUGACUGCAAACAGUUUUCAGGGAGCUAAUAGUCAUCUAGGCAUGUGCGUAAUGUCACGCUUAGAAAUAUGUAUAUAUACCUAUAUG